AUGGCGCCGAAAAGGCCGCGCGACGACGCCGAUGACGUGGAGAAGAGUCUACAAAAGAAGAGAAAAGGGUUCUCCGUUGGCCCCGCAAACCUGCCUGACGGGACAUAUAGGAGAAAAGUGCAGAAGAUCAAAGCGGAUCUCAUCCAUAAAGCAAAAGUAAAAAAGUCCUAUGCGAAAAUAAAAGCUCAAGAGAACCUUACUCCGCAAACAAAAUCAGUAUAUGAUGCCGAACCUACGCUUGAGGCGAGUCAAAAAAUGUUGCGCGAAGUGCCAGCUCCAGAAGCGUCGUUAGAACUGCAUCCUGAUCGCCAGGCAAUGCUAGACUCACCCGAAGAAGACAAAUCUGCUGUCCUGCAAAAGGACCAAAGGACCUUGCGAGAAAGGCCACGACGAAGGGAACGUAGGCCUAAGCCCAUGCCCUUUACCAAGGAAAUGAGAGUCGCUGAGCUCAGAAAAAAGGAACUUGAGGCUAAGAGACGAUUACGAGAAGCAAAGGAAAAAGAACGCCACGCAAUGAUAAAAGCAAAGAGGCCUGAUCAGUUCGGAAAGCAGAGACUCGGUCGCCAGAGCAAAGUUCUUCUUGAGAAAGUGAAAAGGAUAGUUACGGACAACUAA